AAGCCAUUGGAGGAAACAACGUUCCCAGAUCAGCCCUCCGGUGUAUAUGCAAUGCAAGACUCCCCCACUUAGUUAGAAUCUGCUCCUACACACUGAACUCAGAUCAGCUCUCGAGUGCAUAUGCAAGACUCCUCUCUGAGACUCUGCUACACAGACUGAACUUAGAUCAGCAUUUGGCGCUCACCGGCGGUCGUUCACUUGAUGCGAGCUUCAGGAAGCUACUAGAUUUCCUCCUCGGAGAAAAGCGACGGCAUGACAGAACACCGGGUCUGAUUAGCGAUUGUUUUCGGCACCGAGCCGUUUCCCCCGCACCCGGCCGGGCUGACGUCUGAAGAAAAGCGAGACUGAAGGAGAAACGCGGAGCUUCGCGACCGCUAGAUAUAAUGAUCCGCGUCAAAACAGAGCUCGCUCUCUAGACUCACGAGACAUGAUGGACAGUUAAACGCUGUGUUGUGGCUCUGCGGCGAAGUGUAUCUCCAGUCUGCUGGCAGUUUAGUGGAUGAGGAAAUUUUCUGUUUUUAUACGUUAGCUCUUUGUUUUGUUAUAACUGGAAUGCUAAAGUAUUGGUUCACCAAGACGAGACAAUCCGCUGGAAGACUUCAAACGGCAGCAAACACGUUGGAAACGCGGCAUUAUUCAGCAUAAUGAUAACCUGUCGUUACACUCUCACGGUGACAGACUCGAGCCCGGCGAGUUCAUUUACACAUUGCUUUUAAACGAUCACUUUCUCAAUUUUGGUAAACUCAAAAGGCGUUUAUUUUGCGGAUGUUGUCAAACUUUAUCAACAAACUGCUAGCGAGCUAGCGUGUUCCGCCGGGUGAUUUUCGGCGCUAAAACCGCAUAGUUUACAUAAAACUGAAAACAAAGCAGUAUUUGACGGAAAAAGAGAAGAAAAACAGACUGGCUGUCAUGGCAGAUGGGGUUGUAACUUAAGGUCGAGAGUGCAACACAAAAGCAAACCUGCGUUCAUCAUUUAUUCUGUAUUUGUGGACCAAAGUUGAGGAGAGGUUUGCUCACCAUGUACCAGGGCGAGAUUUGUUUCAGUAUCUGAAUGCACUGACCACUGGAUUCAACAAAAUAUUAACAUUAGAGUAGCGCUCAGCCGCCAUCCAUCAGAAUGAAGAAAACCGAGAGCAAAAACAAAAGGAAACUCUGCACAUCUGAGCAGCAGGACAGCAGCACUGAAGGAAAAGACGAGGAGCUGCCGGCGCCGCCUCCCCUGCUGUUCAGGAAGCUGAGUAACCCAGACCUGUCUCCUGCCGCAGGAAAAACCAAACUGCAGAGGCAGCUCAGUCAGGAUGACAGCAGAGGCCGACGCAGCAGCAUGGCUGGCAUCCUCACUGGAAAGCAGCUUCUGCCUCUGUCCAGCAGUAUGCAUGGAGGAGUGAAUCAGCUGGCCUGGCAGCAGCACACAGGGGAGCCCAAUAACUUGGUCCGCAUGAGGAGUCAGUCCUUUGGCCAGUCUGCCCCGUCUCUCACUGCGGGACUGAAGGAGCUGAGUCUUCCUAGAAGAGGCAGUUUCUGUCGGACGAGCAACCGAAAAAGUUUGAUAGUGACAUCCAGCACGUCUCCAACGCUGCCUCGACCCCAUUCACCACUGCACGGGCAUCCAGGAAGCAGCCCAUUGGACAGCCCUCGCAAUUUCUCCCCCAACACUGCAGCCCACUUCUCUUUUGUACCAGCUCGAAGCCAUGGACACAGGGCUGACAGGACUGACGGUCGUCGCUGGUCUCUCGCCUCUCUGCCGUCCUCUGGCUAUGGAACAAACACCCCCAGUUCGACAGUCUCG